AUGGAACCAAAUUGGGCAGAGCUGCUGGCGAAGUUGACUCAAGUAGCUAAUAUGGUGGUGACUGAUCUGGCUGAGUACAAACGACUCAAGGAAGAGAUGACGGUCAUGGAGGCUAGGUAUAGAGAAGAGGUGGAGAGAAUGAAGGAAGAGCUAGCCAGUUUACGAAACUCGGCUGCAUGUCCUUAUGGGGAAGGUGUUGGUGGUGUAAUAGGCAGUGUACCUGCUAAUGUUGCCAAUAUCAAUAUUUCUAAUGUCAACGUUGCUACCAUUCCAAAUGUUAAUGUUGCUAAUGUCGGUGUGGGGACCAGUGGUGAUAUCGGUGCAGAUCUCCGAGAGAACGCUUCAACCAGACGAUAUUCAGCCAAUGCGAGUGAAAAUAUAGCCACGCCUCAAAGGAGCGCCGGCGAGCCGCUUCCUAAUGUGUUUGGUCCUCUGGCAGCCAGCACGGCGCUACGUCAAAUGAAUACUUCGCCGGUGACUAUUCUCCGAAAACUCCGGAGCUCUCCCGACACUGCUCUGCCACUGGUGGCUGAUGAUCUCUACUUUUCAAUGCGUCAUUUCCGUCAUAAGAGCACCCCAGACCCGUCAGGUAUAAUAGUGAAGUUGUACCUGUGGCUCAACAUAAUCAAGUUGGAUCCCCAGCUCACCGCACUAUGGUACAAAAUUACUAGCAUGCAAAAGUCAUACCACAUUUAUAAGACUUCGCUUCUUGGCCAGUACAGGACGCUGGCGUCCGAUAUGCGCCAUCUGGACUCGACAUCGUCUCCGGCUAGUCCUGCUUGUGGCCACCAUAAGUGUCCCGUGGUUGCUUGUGAGUUCAAUAUGAUGGUUGAGGAGUCUAAUCGUGCCGGAACGCCAGCUGGGGGCUCGGGAUCUGAGCCAACCUCUCGAAGAGUGUCUCGAGCAGGCUCCCUGACGCCGAUGGGCCUUACUCCAUCAGGAAAUUCCAUUAUUUCGGGACCCUCAGGUUACUCAAAAGUGAAAACAGAGGAAUCGGACUAUGUUAACAAUCUCAACGACAAAGCAGUGAGUAUUCUCACACGGAUUCAGCGACUCUGGAACGAGAUCAGAAACUACGGCCGUGGAAAUAGCAAGUUGUCCUAUUCUCAGCUUUUGUUUUUGCUCGAUUUCUACCUUCGUGAUGGCUCGGAGAGUCUGUACAAGCCAUCAGUGAUGACCUGUGAAGUAGAAUCACUUCACAUUUUACGGUUCUUCCGGCCUAACCUUGUGGGGCUUUUUCGCCAGGCUGGCGACGACGUCUGCCUCAAUAUCGCCGUUUUUCAGUCAGGAAUGUCUGAUCCAGAGGUAUACAAUCAGCUUAAACAGCAGGGCAUAUAUCUCUCGAUGUUAGCGCUCAUCGUGGAGGAGGCACUUGAUGUUCUCCGUAUGCGAAGAGGGGUUUCGUCGGAAGUGAUGAACGAGUUCCAUUCAGUUUUCCCUCUUGAGGCUGUUCAUCACGGUCUAGGUUACAAGCAGACGAACGUUUUGGGCCAGGUACGUGAGUUCGUUGAAAUGAUGGUGAAAAACAAGAAGGGCGAGGUGUGGUCCCUGAUGCUGGCAGUCUGUUUGCUCGUGGUACUUCUAAAUCGGAGCAUUGCCGUUUAUAAGCGUGACGGUGCUAUUCCCGAUGAAAGCUCUGCGUUCACCAAUAUCUUCACAUGGACACUAGAGAUGCUUGAUCUGGGCGGACACAGACUUGAGCUUUGGGUUGACCCUGCCCAGGUGACAUUCGAAGGCGCCCAUGUUUCUCAAGACCGUCAGAAUGAUCUCCGUCUUUUGCUCUGUCUAGUUUGGGCAGAUUUCAUGCGCAUAGUCAAUUUGAUUGUGCUUUCCGUGAUUCCUAUAGUGAAACAUCUGCAUCACUUGGAUCGCUUACUCGAGAGUUUUCUCGAAGAAAUUGCCGAAGCGGAGCCAUCUCAUGCUCACAUCAAGUACUUGGCACAAAUGGGAGAAUCUGAAGGUUCAGUUUCCGCUACGCAUGUUGGUGAUUUAAUCACCUCGUUGCAUGUAAACUACCUCAUUGCUCGUGCAUCCAUUCUCGUCCGAAAUGGAAUCUGUGGUAGAGCUGUUAGAGCUCAGGUGGCUGAUUUCCAGAAAAUUGUAGCUGAAAUUCUGGCGUGGGCGUCGGAGAUGGCUCUCGCUAAGCUUCGCAUGACAAGAUACUUCGAAGUCCGCACAAUAUUUAACUACUUGGAGUUCUACUUUUUGUUCAUAAUUUUCCUUCAAUGUGAGGAAAAUGAUGACUACGAUCUGGUCUCCUCGCUCAUUCCCCAUUUAUUCGCCAAAGCUCUCGAUGUCAACAAGUUUUUGCAGGGCAGCAUCAUCCAGUUCAACAAGAGCGUAAAUUCUCAAUACGUCCAAGUGGCCAUUGCUGAAAACGUAUCCAAAGUUUCCCAUUUGAUUGCCGGAUUACUCAUUCGGUUCGUUUCUGAGCCCAGCUCAUCUUCUUCAUCAGGGUCAGAUUCCUCGCCUUCUCGACUUGUCUAUUCACAACGAUCAGAAAACCGAAUGCCCAUUUAUAUUCCCGUUACAAGCAAAGAUGAAUUAAUUGCGGAAACUGACCGCACAAUUCGUCUCAUAGAAAAUUCUCUGAGCAAAGAAAACGCUGUACGAGCGAUCAAGAUCUGGCGUUUUUACAUGACAUUCAUUCGAAAUUCCCACAAAAUGAACCCUGCUGCUUACGCCAAACUUCAUGCAGAGGCAUUCGGCUCAGGAAGAAUCGUCGACUCAUGUCCUGUGUUGCCAUCCAGUCUGGGCAUGGGCUCAUCUACUUCAAGCACCAAAAUGGGAUGUCCAGUCAUUCAUGGAGUCAUGACCAAAGAUAUCCCUGCGCCUCCACUCGGCAGAUGUCCCGUGGAUCAUUCCGUAAUCGGAGCACCUGCUCCAUUGGCCCAGUCUGAAUCUCGCAAGAGGCAGUGUCCUUUUGACCACGAAGCACUUCGCAACUCGAGCCUAGCUCUGUCCACCUUCAACGAGAGCAAUAUUCGUGGCCAAAAUGACUCGACAUCCCGCUCCAGCAACAUGAUACUGACGCUGGCUACCUUCAAUGAUCUGCAGCCUUCCUCCAUGGCGGUUGAUAUUACAAACAGAACCCCUCCCCAGGUAAUAAUGGCACCCAUGCCUAGCAUGGUCGGUUUCCUGACUCACACUAGUCCGAUUCCUCUGAGCAUUGAUACAAUGGAUUGGGAGACCCUUCCAAACUUCAACUUUGACCUAGUUGGAGAGGAAGGUCUAGUAAUGCAGAUCAAUGGAGGGUACUUUGACAACUCUUCCAUAGAGGCCAUGUUUCAGUGA